ACCCAAAACCCUGCUCCUUUUAGGAAGCCUCGCUGCUCAGUGCCAGCACCUCCCCAACCACCAUCACUCUCCUCUCGUGUUCCAACUUCCGCCAUGGAACAUCCCCCCUCCUCCUGCUUCACCUUCCUCCUCCUCCUCCUCCUCAUUCCCUCUGCAGUUCACGCUACCACUUUCACAUUCGUCAACCGAUGUCACCACACCGUCUGGCCCGGAAUCCUCGCUAAUGCCGGCAGCGGAAGCCUCGACACCACCGGAUUCGAGCUCCCCAAAGAUACUUCCCGCUCCUUCCUCGCUCCCACCGGCUGGUCCGGCCGCUUCUGGGGUCGGACAGGUUGUAACUUCGACGGAUCCGGCAAAUGUGUCACUGGCGACUGUGGCUCAGGGCAGCUCGAGUGUAAUGGCGCCGGGGCGUCGCCGCCUGUCACUCUCGCCGAGUUUACGCUCAGUAGUAGUACGGGAGGGCAAGACUUUUACGACGUUAGUCUUGUGGAUGGGUACAAUGUUCCGAUGAUCGUGGAAGGGACGGGUGGGUCGGGUCUGUGCGCUCCUACCGGUUGCGUUUCGGAUCUGAACCGGCAGUGCCCGCAGGAGCUCAGAGUGGGGGAGGGAGACGCGUGUAAGAGCGCGUGUGAGGCAUUCAACAGCCCUCAGUACUGUUGCAGCGGCGCAUACAGCUCGCCGGCGACAUGUAAGCCAUCCGUGUACUCGGAAAUGUUCAAGUCGGCUUGCCCGAGAUCGUAUAGCUACGCCUACGACGACGCUACGAGUACGUUUACGUGUACGGGUGCCGACUAUACGGUGACGUUUUGCCCAUCCUCUCCCAGUCAGAAAUCUUCACAAGAUUAUGUUUAUGCCCCUCCCGUCAUGAUCACCUCAACGCCACCGCCACCGGCACCAUACUCACAAGAUUCCGGAUUCGGAGCCACCUCCACGGGCACCGGAUUCACCAUGGGUUCGGCUUCUGAGUUUGGCCCAGACCCCAAGUUGGUCUCGGAGUCGGGCACAGACUCGGGCUCAACUAUGGGGUACUCGGUUACGGGUUCAGGGUCGAAUGGGGAGGCCAUGCUGGCAGAUAGCUCAUAUAUAGCUGGUCUGGCCAUGGGAGCCUCGCCCACCACAUUCCCUUUGUCGUCUCUACAAUCUGCCUUCGUCUUCAUUAAUAGCAUUUUGCUUAGUUUCUUCCUCCUUUAGCUCUUCAACUCUCUCGUUAUAAAAAGUUAAAAACAAACAUUUUCAGGAUAAGUGUGCUGAUUUAUGAUUAGUUUGGUAUAUUAUUGAUCAUCAAUAAACUGAUCCUACUUUGAAAUCUGCUUUUA